GGCACGCUUCCGCCAAAAGAAGAGGGCCCUUUGUGUACAGACAGGACUCCAUCUUGUCUUUGUCGUCAACAACCAACGCCUCUUUAUCUCUCGACUGGGACGUUUUUCUCAUCACGGGCCACGAGGCAAUAUUUAUUUCACAAUGAAUCCCCGGACAUACGAAAGCCAUAUGGAAUGGGAAUACCAAGGCUCCGGGCCUCAGGAUCCCAGCAGUCCGUUCACACACGCGGCGGCGAAAAAGGGCACAUCGACAGGAUUUGGCGGUUUUAGCUCCCCAUCCAAGGCAUCAAGCCGGCCGAAUCCUUUCGCCAAUCUCCCAUCUACCCCUUCAUCGAAACCUUUGCCACAGCUCCCCAAAGCCUCCGUUUUCACACCACAGCUCGCCAGCAAGGUAACAGCACCGCCGUUUCGCAAUCCAGCCUUCACAACACCCCGCCGACCAGCCGACGAGGUUAUUUUCUCCGAAGCAUCGGGUGCCGAGGACAGUCCCGGCAUGUCGGAUGCCCCAAACGACACUCCCGAGGUCGAUCACAUGGGAGACGUGACAAUGGGCGGUAUGUUGUCACCCUCGCGAAUCGACAAGAGCUCUCGAUAUGCAAAGUCGGUAUUUGCAAAGAAGUCUGGUAAGGGCGAACUGAGAGCUCACCGUGAUCCUGUUAAAGCUGGCCUCUUGCGCAAGAGAAAGAGACAUAACCUCGACAAGGAUGUCGGAAGCGUGGUUCGAUACCAAGAGCCAGACUCGGACGAGUCGGGCAUGGAUUCUGAUUCGAGUCGAAUUUUCCGAGGAGGCCGUUCACGAAGCAAGAAGCGCCCUGACGCUGCUCCCGUUAAGCGCGGCUUCUUUGGAUCCAUCUUCCACAUGCUUGAUGAGCACCCCAAUGCACCCGACAACCUCCACAGAUGGAUUCAGCUCUUCCUCAAUCUGGUCUUUAUUUCAACAGUUGUCGGUAUUGCGUACACGAUUUACUCUACCAUUCGAUCCGAUAUUCUCACAGCCAACGAGGCAGCUCGCACGGAGCUCGCGGACAAGAUUGCAGAGUGUGCCAGAAACUUCCAAGUCAACGGCUGUGCGGACAACAACCGGCCAGCGCUUGUUGCCAUUUGCGACGAAUGGGCUAUUUGCUUAUCACAACGACCAGAGGCCAUUAUGAGAGUCAAGGUGACUGUUAAGCAGAUUGCCGAGAUUAUCAAUGAAUUUUCCGACGCCAUGAAUUUCAAAGCAUGGGGCUUCUUCUUUGCCAUUCUGGUGGUGUGCGUCUUCAGUAACAACAUGAUGCUUGGCCGUCACGAGUCUGCAAAGACGCCGGCGAUGCCACAGCCCAGUGGCCCGGCCAAUAUCCCCGACGACCCUUCAGUAAUGUGGAUGCCGGUAGCGACUCCUCGAAUGAAGCGCCAAGCAAUGCUCGAAGACGCCUCUGAUACCGACGCAUCGCCCAAACCCCAGCCCAUGCUGGCUUACUAUACGCCUUCGAGUCGACGUAGCCCGACCAAGAGUGAUAGGGCUCGCAGUCCGGUUAAAAGCCAGCGCAGCCCUAGCAAAGCGUAUUAACGAAUUACUUUUUUUUACGGCUGAUGAAAAUGUCGUUGUUGUUUUUUGUAGACUGGGACAUUAUGGCGUUUGCAGAGCAACAGCCUUUGCUACCAUCUAUGCACAGUCAGGCUUGUUUACGCAAUGUACGACACAUAUGUCGGCUUGUUUCCAUUUCUUUUUCUCUUUGAUUGUUUAGUUUGGGGGAGCAUCAUCAGCAUAUUAGCGUUGGAAAUUCGUCGCAUUGGGACCUGUCCAAGACGCGCCGCCAUGGUUGAAGGCGUAUUGAUUUUUCGAUUGGUUACCGACCUCACUCUCUCUCUCUCGUUUCUUUCUCUUUUUUGGACACAAUCUGUAUAGGACUAUCACUCUAAAUUGCACUAUUUAUUUGUCACCAUAUAAGAAUCCUUGGCACAUUCGUUGCAGUGAAAUAGCCGAAAAGAAUCAGUCGA